AUUUAAUAAUAAAGAUGAGUAAUAAAGGAAUCAGAAUCAAAGGAUCACUAGCCUUCGGAGUUAUUGGAGAUGAGCCAACUGUAACUGGGUUUCUUCUGUCAGGAGUUGGAGAAAAACAUCCUAAGUUCGGAGAUAACUUCUUGAUCGUUGAUAAGGAUACAUCUAAGACUGCAAUUGAGGAAAAAUUUAAGAUUUUAACCAAGAGAGAUGAUAUUGGAAUCAUCUUAAUUAACCAGAGUGUUGCUAAGGAUAUCAGAGAAUUGAUCACAGCACAUGAAGCAGUAAUCCCAACGAUCCUAGAAAUCCCUUCCAAGGAUAUUCCUUACGAUCCAUCAGAGGAUUCCAUCCUUAUUUUGGCUGCUAGGCAACUCUACGGAACUGAUAAUCUUUCAGACAAAUUCUAGCAUGUAAAUCUUUCAAUAAGGUAUUAUCAAUAA